CCAAACAAAGGUGUGUUUACAAAAUGAAAGUAGAAUCAAUUUUAAUAAGUUUAAUAUUAUUUUUCGGCUGUUACAGCCCAACAAGAGCUGCCUCAAUCCAAAACGUGGGUAGUAAAAUCAAAAUAGCGUCCAAGUCAAACUUGCAGAGUAGCGAAAUGGGUACAAAAUCGGCUGAUACAAAUUUGCAACGAAUCCGCGAUGAGUGUCAAGAGUUAAUAUUGACCGAUGGACACAUCCAAAAGCUGAUGAAAACUAUCAUUCAGGAAAUUGAACGUGGUCUCAGUGCAGAAACACACAAUGAAGCUGAUAUCAAAGCAUUCAACACAUAUGUUCAGGAUUUGCCAAAUGGCAAUGAACGUGGCAAAUUUUUGGCCCUAGACUUGGGUGGAACCAAUUUCCGUGUGCUCUUAAUUCAUUUGAAUGGCAAAUAUGAAUAUGAGAAGACAUCGAAAAUCUAUGCAGUACCACAGAGCAUAAUGUUGGGCAAGGGUGAAGAGCUAUUCGAUCACAUUGCUGAUUGUUUGGCCAAUUUCAUGAAAGAAAACAACGUGUACGAUGAACACCUUCCAUUGGGAUUCACAUUUUCAUUUCCAUUACGGCAGCUCGGCUUAACGCGCGGUCUCCUAGCACAGUGGACAAAAGGGUUUGCUUGUUCAGGCGUUGUUGGUGAAGAUGUUGUACAAUUAUUGAGAGAUGCAAUCGCACGCCGUGGUGACGUGCAAAUCGAUGUGAUAGCCAUUUUAAACGACACAACCGGUACACUGAUGUCGUGCGCAUGGAAAAAUCGUCGUACCCGAAUUGGUUUGAUUGUUGGCACCGGCACUAAUGCUUGUUACGUCGAAAAGGUUAAAAAUUGUGAGCUCUGCGAUGGUACGUCCAAAAAAGAAAACGUUAUCAUCAACACCGAAUGGGGAGCGUUCGGUGACAACGGUGCAUUGGACUUUGUGCGAACAAAAUACGACAGAGAAAUUGACGAGCACAGCAUUAAUCGAGGCCGACAAAUCUAUGAGAAAAUGAUUUCCGGCAUGUACUUGGGCGAAUUGGUGCGACUGGCACUGGUUCAAUUCACCAAAGAAGGCCUAUUGUUCAGUGGCCAAAGUGCAGAUCUGUUGAACACCCGUGACCGUUUCUUUACAAAAUUCCUGUCCGAAAUUGAAAGUGACAAACCAGGCAGCUACAAACAUUGUCACCAAGUGAUGGAUGAAUUGGGCCUGCAUAAUGCCACCGACGAAGAUUGCCAAAAUGUUCGCUAUAUUUGCGAGCGUGUAUCAACCCGGGCGGCGCAUUUGGUGUCAGCCGGCAUUGCUGCAUUGAUCAAUCGAAUCGACGAGAAAAGUGUGAUGGUUGCUGUCGAUGGCUCGGUGUAUCGUUUCCAUCCCAAAUUUCAUGAUUUAAUGACAGCGAAAAUUCGUGAACUCAUCAAACCAGAUAUCGAAUUCGAACUUAUGCUAUCAGAGGAUGGUUCAGGACGUGGUGCUGCACUGGUAGCAGCUGUUGCAAGUAGAGAGAAUAGCCAGCAGUAGUAGAAUUUAUACGCAAAUAUACUAUAUUAUUAACUCUUUUUUGGAAUUGACUUCUCCUGUUGAUUUUUAUCUCCGAAUUGCAAAUGAUGAUGCAAUUUCGUAUAGAAUUUCCAAAUUGUCCAUUUUUUUUUACUAUGACGAGACUAGCACUAUUACUUCUGAAGAAAAUUACUAAGCAGUAAGCAUCUGUGAUUUAGACCAAAUGAUCAAGUUAAUUACUAAUCAACUUUUUGACAAAUUAACGAUAAAAUGGACUUGUUUAUGUGUUCAAAAAACUAAUCAGCGAUUCCAAAUGUGAAAACAAAAUAAAAUGUU